UCUGCUAUUUAAAUAGCCUUUAUUCCGGUUAAUACCGUACAUGUCAGCAUACACGUGCACUAAAACUCAAGCGUCUGCAGAGUUGACCACCGACAUCUGAGCGUCAGCUGACUUGACCACCGACAUCUGAGCGUCUGCAGAGUUGACCACCGACAUCUGAGCGUCUGCAGAGUUGACCGCGGUCACGCGCUGCAGCGGCAACAACUCAGCGACACGUGCGUAACGAGCAGGACUCCAUCGUGGCGUGGGAUGGACCAGGGGCCGGGAUGCCCAUGAUGAGUCCAGACGCAGAGAAUAAGUUGCUCCAAUCAGCUGCUAUGCCACGUUCUGCUGUGCAUUGGAGGUGUCACAGGUGGUGGCGGGUCGAACUUCGGUGCGUGCUGAAAUGACAACUGACAGCCACAGAGGACAGUUUUUUAACGUUUGCCAGCACCGAUGCAAUUGGUUUACGGUGACCGCACCCACGGGCGGGUGGCUGGUACUACCCGACCACGCCCCCAAUCAGCGGCCCCGUGCACCCGCAGGGAGACCGGAGGCCGCCGGGGAACGCGCAGCUUGUCAAGGCUUCCUGACUGAAGUUUUGCCAGAAGUUUUUCUUUGUACCGGGCAUCGACAUUGGACGUGUCCAAAAGGACACCGCCAUGGCCGAUUCACAUCAGGUCUUCCAUGAUGCGCGGUCUGUUCUUCAGAUGGUUGGUCCCAGGUGUAUAUUUUGCACUCUGCAAGUGGAGGCUUCAGUAGAGCAUCUACAUCGAAAACAUCUAAGGGACGCUGUUUAUUUUCAAGAUGGAGAUACAGAGAAAUGUGUGGUGUCGUGCUAUUGCCAGGACACGAACCAAAGGCAUAGAUGCCACAAUCAUUGUCCAUUCUGCAACUACAGAGUGUUUUCCCGAACAGCGAGCUUCAGGAAACAUCUUCAACAGCUUCAUGGUAUUGAAUCAUACAAGAAAAGAGAAAAACCUGACAAAAAGGCUGAUGCAGAGAAAGCAGAUGAUGUCCCUCAUCCAAAGGAUUCACUGAAGAAUACACACAAUAUUCCAUGCAUGCUUUGCAGCGCGUCUCUUUCAUCUCAUUCCAAUCUGAGACGCCACAUCCGUGACCUUCACAACCGUCCGACCAUCCCAAUAAUGUGCAUUGACCCUGACAAUGGCAUUUACGUCACACCGAGACAUGACGCAAGCCGUCUUAUCCCGAUUCAUGUCAUCAAGUCCACCAGCGCGCCGAAUAUUGAUUGUGAAGUUUCAUUGUGUCGGAAAUUGAUGGACGUGGCCACAGCUUCAGGAAAUCCAGGGAAAGAGUGUGUCCACCUGGAAAGAGUCAAACAUGCCGAUCCAUACGUCCCCCCAGAAUCUGUGAAAAAGAAUUCGCUGCAGGAAAUGUUGGACAAGGGACUCAUCUCCACUGAGUGGAGUGAGCGGUGCGAGGAGUUGCACACAGCAGCGGCCAGCAGAGGAACUGACAGCGUCAACCCCAUUUUUUAUGGACUUGCUGGAUUUUCAAAAAGAUGGCUAUUUUUUUCCAUCUUCACCGACAAAAAGGACAACUGGUGCCGGUUUGAACGUACCAUGGUAAGCUUUGACUCGGUGGCGGGCCAGUGGCACUGUCCCUGCCGGGAGAUGGGACGAUCCCACCGCUGUGUCCAUCGCAUGAUGGCCAUGUGGUGGAUCUUUCAGGAGUGUCCAAAUGUUCUCAGUAACUGUGAUACCCAGCCGGACGACAUUGAAGACAUGGAAUGUGAGCUCCUUGACCCCGAACCGCCAUGCGCAUCAUGCAAUGUCAAUGACCAGAGAGUCCUCGUUAUGACAGAGUACUUGGCCAAAUCUAAGAGAAUACCUGCGUUGCAUAACAUCUCCGUCGAACUGCGCACAAAAGAAAAACCACCACCGACGUGCUUCAUUCCAAGUGAGCGGAACUGUCCGUAUUGCCCCGGACCAACGGCCCCGGCUCUGCUAGAGGAAACCAUAACAACACAAGCCACCGUUUACGGAUACACCUACAUCGAAAAAGGUGUCUCUGUUGCCGUAAGCAAGUGCCCAGUCUGCGGAAAUCAUGUUCGUUUCCAAGACUACGCAUCCGGGUUCCACAAUUUCAACAACAGGGUGUUUCUCACUCUUCCGCUAUGUGCACUCCUGCUCUCUGCUUUGGCUAACAAGACGGCCUGUGGACGCAUGUUGGACACCAUCAAUCUAUUUAAUAAAAACACAUACCACCACCAGACAGUACGCCAGGCGUUCCAUCACUUCCUUUCACUUAUGGACUUUGAAUUUAAGUUCUCUUGUCACCAAUGUGGCCAUAAUCCUCCAGUUAUUAUCGCGGAUGCCAACUGGAAAGUGGCUUUUGAUGUGCCAGUUGGGACAUUCAAGAGGCCGGACCUGAACACGGUGACAGACACCGACCUCAAUAUUGAUAUUGAGAAGACAUGGGCGGACCUGGACAAGGAGAUGAUUGCUGAGGGCUUCACGUCAGGAACCACCACAGUAAACCCUUACAGGUCCUUGCUUUCAUAUUCCACAUUGGCUCCAUGGAUGGGAAAGGACACGCGCGCCGGAAACAUUCUCCCAAAGACUGAGGUGAAAAAGGGGUUAAAGAAAAGGUCAGGAGAGACCAUGGUGUCCAACCAGAAGGUGGAUGAAGACCUCAUACAUGCACUUCUUGAGUCUAAAAAGCCACAAAAGAAAGAACUACAAGAUGCCUGCGCAGCACUCGGGGUCACUUCUGAGGGCUCCAUCAGUGACCUCAUCAACCGGCUGGAAGAGCUGCUGAAUUUCAAGGAGCUUUAUCCAAAGCUGUUUGUAAAACUACAAAAAACAGGAGGUGGUCUUUUACACUUUUCCUGUACACAUGGAGUCGUGUACUACGUGAACUUCCUUUUUUGGGGCGAGUCGGCCAGAGAUCACGUGGAUGGGCUUCUGAGCUUUAACAGUUUCCCAACUGUUUAUAUCUCCGAUGUGGCGGGCCAGGUUUCCCGCCACAUGAACAAUAGAACCCAACAGAAGUUCUUUCAGCCCCACGACGGUCGGCUCUGCGCGCCGUCACAGUCCAACAUCAGUGCAGCAGCGGAAAAGAAACUUGAAGUGGACCUCGAGUGGAUCAACAAUCUCAGGUCUCCGGGGGCCCCGCUGAAAGCGGCCCCGGGAGCGGACAGGUUCACUGCGUUGCAUUCAAUAACAAAAACCAACGAGAGGUACUCCCUCUAUGACCGCUUCCACCAGAAGAACCAACGCAGGCCGGAAGAGAAACUGAGGAGUCUAAACAUCUGCCCCGCUUUACGCACGGAGGUGAACUCCUCAGUGGCCGAACAGUUGAACCACGAGCUGGGAGCCUUUCGUUAUUCCCUCUGCCGCAUGAAGGAGGCUCACUUCAAACAGGCAGUUCGGGUCCUCAUCGAGUUACACAACGAAAACGUUAACAAUCGCUUCCUUCAGAAGAUGCUGGCAAUAAGCAGCACGCCGCUGGCAGUAGGUCAGCACGGGAGGUUGGUGCUGGAUUCUCCAGUGAAGAAAACAGCCGCUGGACCACAUUUGGAACCAAAGUCCGCCAUGGACCAGAGGAGGGUCUUUUCAGCCCAGAAGUACAGCAUCGAUGACACGGACAAGGAGAAGUUAAGGACACUCCUGACAGGCUCGCGUGACGAACGGCAGGUGUUGAACAACAUCAAACAGAGACAUCCGUUGUGCAUUCGGGACGUGUGCAGUGUCUGCCCGGUGGCGCUGUUGGGCGGAGCCGCCCGGGUUAUGCCAUGGCUCACUGAUGAUGCCGUCGACUAUCGUGUGGCGCAGCUCGCCAUGGACAACUCAAAGAGUGCAGCACUCAGUCAUUUUGACUUUAUAUUGUGGCACAGAGACUGGAUCAAUAACAAAAAUGUCAAUGACAGGCUUGUUAGUCUUCUCCCUGAUGCAGAAUUGAUCCUUCUGCCAAGACUUGUGGGUCACAUCAACAAAGAAACUGGCAACCACUUCAUCCUGUGGGUUCUGGAUUUCUCCAAAAAAGAAGUCCGUAUUUACGACUCCUUGAAGACCAGGACGGGUUUGGACGAGGAUGACCUGGAUCUUCUGAAAAACGUCUUCCGGGAGAAGGGUGGGCUGCGGGGCUGGAGCGUGACGUACCCUGUCCAGUGGCUUCAGAAGGACUCGGUCAACUGUGGGAUUUUUGUCUGCUCAGUGAGUAAAUCCCAGUCCUUCUGUGUACAGCAGUGUUUGAAGAAUAUGAAAGGAGUUUAGUUUUGAAGCUGCUUUUUCAA